UCCUCUACACUAUGAAGUCUCGCGUUGUCUUAACACCCAAAAUGGCUACAAAGUAAUAAUAAUAAUAAAAAAACUGUAGGGUUCGACUUCCUGUGGCUGACAUUCAAUCCUGCGCAUCGUGAGCCAUUUAAAUGGAUGAACCAAAGACAGAUGCAGAACCAAAGGCAGAGGCAAAACCAGAGGAUGGUGUCCCGAGAGCUGUAAAAUCUGCUAGAGCGGUCAAAACAGAAAGGGGGAGAAAACGAAACCUCCACCCAUCAAAGCGAGGUCACCGGUGUUCUACGUACGGCUGUAACCGAUCAUUUCUGAAAAUGCAAGAGUUAAUUAAUCAUGUAACUGUGCACGUCAAGCCCACAGAAUUCUUGAAAGAUAAAAAAUUUCUUUGUUCAAUGACUGGCUGUGAAGAGGCAUUGAACAGCAUGCAGGAGCUAAUGAAUCAUCUCAAAACCCAUUACAAGCCUAACCGCUAUUUCAAGUGUGAGAACUGUAUGCAGCACUUUCGAACCCACAGAUCUCUCUUCAAGCAUCUACAUGUGUGCUCUGACAAUGGGUCAAAUCCUGCACCGCUAAGUAUGCCUCCACCACCUCCUUCAUUUGAUUCCAAGAUCGCAUCUCCUGUGAAACCAGUGAAGCGGCGCCAGAGUGUUAUACAGUGUGCCACAAAGAAGCCUCAUUUUCCUACUGCGCCCAUGACAGAAGGCGCUUCCACAUCUUCAUCCUCCUCAAUUCCAGAUGACCUUCGUCCCUCCAUGAGCUCCUUGGCCUCUCCAACUUCUAAUCUUUUUUCUGCUCUUGACACUUCCCUAUUUGCUGGUCGGCUUCCAGGUCCAUCAUCUUCUUCUGCUGCUGCUGGAUCCUAUCUUCCUUUCCUCAAUCCUCCAGCCUACAACAUACCUCAGACCUCUGUCCCACAGAGGCUCAGACCCUUCUUGGGGAACCAAAGCCUUCCAGCCUCCAACGCAGUGUGGAAAAAGAAUCAAGGACACGCCACAAACAGCCGUAUAUUGUGGGAGCACACACGAGACAGUUAUAACUGCAUGCAAUGUACCUUUUCCACUGCUUCUCGGGACAAGAUGACCAAACACAUCGAGGGAGUGCACAAGAAUCCUCCUGCAAACAAACUUCAGAGUGAGAUGAAUUGUGAUCCUGAUAUGCUCCCAUUCUCAACCAAAGACCAUUUAAAAAUGGAAUCUAGCCUUAUUCCACAACAGUGAAAUACAGAAUUUAUUCCUUGUGGUCAGCCUUCCUUAGCCGCACGCCACAAUCUCGUCAUUGGUGAAGCUCAAAAUCUGUGUAGCAAGCAUGAUUUUUUUUUUUGUUUGCUAAUGACUAUUUACAUAAUCUCUGUUGUUAAACAAAGCCAGCUCUUGGAUUUUGAAUGCAGAUCUCAAAGAGAUGAAUCUUUAUUGAACAAUUAAUCCACUCCAGAAGCA